AUGGCUAAAGUUUUGGGGCAGUUUAUGGAGUUUCACCCAAUUCACGGUACCAAUGUGCGACUGGACAACUAUGGGACUAAAGCCACCCGAGUGGAAAGUUUUGCUAAUGGAAUCUGCUUUAGUAAACAUCCUUUAAACCCUGGAGAGAUUUUUCUGUUGGAAAUCGAGGAUAAGGAGAUAGGCUGGUGUGGCCACCUCAGGAUUGGACUAACCGCACAUGAUCCUCAAAAGUUGGACACGGUUCCUGAGUAUUCUUUGCCUGACCUGGUGGACCAGGGGGGAAGUUGGGUGUUUGCCAUAACAAGAAACCACAACAAAGUUACUGAGGAUGAGGUUGAAGAAGCCCAAGGAGCAGGUGGGAGGCAAGCAGAUGGAAAUGAGGGCAGCAAUCUUAAAUCUUUUUUCACUGAAAGUCACUUGUAUAUCGAGAACGUGUGCAUACCAAAGGACAAGUUGGUGGGACGAAGUCGGCCUGGUCGGUUUAGUCACAUCCUGGAUGAUCUGUAUAAAAUGAAUACUUUGCCUCCCACUGCCAGACGUAGUCGGAUAGGAGUUGUGUAUGUGCCAAAAAGGCAAGGCUUUGCUGAUAUGCAUAUUGUCAUCAAUGGUGAAGAUAUGGGUGCCUGUGCCAAAGGAAUUCCCACUAGUCAGCCCCUCUAUGCUGUUGUGGAUGUAUUUGCUGCUACUAAAAGUGUCAGAAUUGUACAAGUGGAAUAUGGCCUUCCCUCACUGCAGACACUUUGUCGAAAGACUAUUCAGAAGCAUAUCAUUCACAGAAUGGCUUUGGACUGGUUGGAGCUCCCAGAGAUGCUAAAACAUUACUGUAAAUUUGAGUAACAGAGUUAUGGGAGAACUGGAAAAGCUCUGAGACAUAGUUUACACACUCUGGAGCUAA